UUCGCUUUGUCCUUCUGUAAAUGCGUUCAUUCUUCUUCUGAUUGUAAUUUUUUUAAUUAGUAAAUGGUGAAGCGCUCAUGGCUUAGCACAAGCCAAAAUCCAAAUCACACGUUAAUAUCGUUGCUUGAUCGAUGCAAAUCAAUGGCAGAAUUGAAGCAAAUACAUGCAUUAAUUAUUGCUUUGGGACUCUCCGAAGUCGAAUCUUUCACAACAAGAAUUCUUUCUUUCUCUGCUAUCUCAAAUUCCGGCGAUAUCGAUUACUCCUAUCAGGUCUUUCGUCAUCUGUCGAAUCCAACCAUCUUCAAUUGGAACACUGUUAUAAGGGGUUACUCGAGAAGCAAGAACCCAAACCGGUCCAUUUCUGUUUUCACCCAAAUGUUGCGUGUUGGAGUCUCUCCCGAUCAUUUAACCUUCCCCUUCCUAGCAAAAGCAUCUGCGCGCUUAUCAUCACUCCGGCUUGGUUUGGCGAUACAUAGCUGCAUUUUUAAGGCUGGGUUUGAAAUGGAUCGCUUUGUUGGGAAUUCUUUGAUUCAUAUGUACGCAUCUUGUAACGACAUAGCUUCUGCUCAGAAAUUGUUUGAGGAAAUGCCACAGAGGAGCUUGGUCUCGUGGAACGCCAUCAUUGAUGGCUACGCCAAGUGCGGUGAUCUGGUCGCAGCUCGUGUUAUAUUUGAAUCCAUGCCUGAAAGGGAUGUUGUAUCUUGGAGCUCUUUGAUUGAUGGGUAUGUUAAGGCCGGGGACCAUAGGGAGGCCUUAACCAUCUUUAACAGGAUGCGGUUCGUGGGGCCAGAGGCAAAUGAGGUUACUAUGGUUAGCGUGCUGUGUGCCUGCGCUCAUUUGGGUGCCCUCGAGCAAGGAAGAAUGAUGCACCAGUAUGUGAAGGACAAUGCGUUGCCUUUGAGUUUGACAUUACGGACUUCCCUAGUGGACAUGUAUGCCAAGUGUGGUGCGAUUGAAGAAGCUUUAUUGGUGUUCAAUGGGGUCUCAGUUCAUCAGACAGAUGUGUUGAUUUGGAAUGCUAUGAUUGGAGGUCUUGCUACUCAUGGAUUAGUUAAAGAGUCACUUGAAUUGUUUACAGAUAUGCAAAAUCUAGGGAUUGCCCCAGACGAGAUUACUUAUCUAUGCUUAUUGAGCGCAUGUGCUCAUGGAGGACUUGUAGAGCAAGCUUGGUACUUCUUUAACUCUCUUGGUAAACAUGGCAUGACACCUAAGAGUGAACACUAUUCUUGUAUGGUGGACGUUCUAGGGCGUGCAGGUCAAUUGGAUGAGGCAUUCCAGUUCGUAAGUAAAAUGCCUGUUGAGCCAAGCUCAUCGACUUUAGGUGCUUUACUUAGUGGAUGCAUAACCCAUGGAAAAUUUGAUCUUGCAGAAGAAGUAGGAAGGGGGCUUAUUGAGUUGGAGCCGGAUCAUGAUGGUAGAUAUGUUGGCUUAUCGAACAUGUAUGCUGUUGCUCGGCGGUGGAAUGAGGCUAGGACAUUAAGAGAAGCCAUGGAAAAGAGAGGGGUUAAGAAAUCUCCAGGUUGUAGCUUUGUAGAGGUCGACGGCACCCUGCAUAGGUUUAUAGCUCAUGAUACGUCACAUCCUAAAUCAGUGGAAAUAUAUAUGAUGCUGAAUGGUGUAGUGGAACAAAUGAGACUGGAUGAUGGUUACCAAGCUUAGGAGUAUAUUUUGUAUGAAAUGGAAGAGGAUGGAUGAUUGGCAUACUCUUUUUAUUUUAUAAAAGUUCACUCAUUUUGUCUUUUGUGAAAGUUUAGGCCAAGAGUCCACCGCAAUGCUCAUAUGGACCUCUUUCUCUUCUUUCUGAAACCUGCAUUUUAUGUAUUUUUUUACGGUUUUUUCUCAUUCCAUGGGG